UUCCUUACAGAGCAACAUUUUCUUCCCUUACUGUAGCUGCUGUUCCCCUUCCUUCUUCAGCAAUCUUAAACCGCAGGCAAUACAUGUACCCUGUGCUUGCACUCUGCUAGCAAGAUGCUCUGACAGAAAUAUCAGCUCUCUUCCCCCACCUGCUUGGUCAGGAAUGGUACAGUCUGCAGAGGGACUCCUGUAAUGUAGCUCAGUUUAUCAAUCCCUUACAGAUGCCGAACAGUGAUUACUCCGCUGUGUAAUUGAAAUCAUUUUGGAUUUGUGAUGAUAUCUUAGCCAAGCAGAAGCUGAUGAGAAAAUGGUGUGGAGACUUGGUUUGAGUGGUGCAUUAGAUUUUAGUUCAUGUCCUAUGAAUCUCUGGAAAGGUCCGAAGGAAGAGAUGACCAUGUAGAUACUACAGCCUGAGUGCAGCAUAAUGGGAAAUGGUGAAUGGAAUGGAGCUGGUCUGCAGCCUUGAAAGCAGCCAUCCUGUGGACUAUUACCUGGUCAGGGACACCUCAGUCAUCAGAGGCAUUCUCCACUGAGUUCACUGAACACCCACUGGAUUCUUCUUAAUCUCUUAGGUUGAAAUUUGAGUUUCCUCCCUUGCUAUUUUGAAGCAAUUUUAAAAUUCCAUCUAGUGCACAGAGUGGAGCAAUACAAUCAGCAACAAUGGGUGACAUGACAAACAGCGAUUUCUAUACCAAGAACCAAAGAAACGAGGCCAACCAUGCAGGAGAGUUUGGGUGCUCGCUGGAGGAGCUACGCUCCCUCAUGGAACUCAGAGGAACAGAAGCAGUAGUAAAAAUUAAGGAGACGUAUGGGGACACAGAGGGCCUCUGCAGGCAUUUACAGACAUCACCAACAGAAGGAUUACCUGGCACUGCUGCAGAUCUAGAAAAAAGAAAACUUAUUUUUGGGCAAAACUUUAUACCUCCAAAGAAGCCAAAAACUUUCUUACAGCUAGUUUGGGAAGCACUACAGGAUGUGACUCUUAUAAUCUUGGAAAUUGCAGCCAUCAUAUCUCUGGGGCUCUCAUUUUAUCAGCCGCCUGGAGAAGGGAAUGAAGGUUGUGCUACUGUAUCGGGAGGAACUGAAGAUGAAGGUGAGGCAGAAGCUGGCUGGAUUGAAGGUGCCGCUAUUCUACUCUCUGUUAUUUGUGUUGUGCUCGUCACUGCCUUUAAUGACUGGAGCAAGGAGAAGCAAUUUCGUGGGCUUCAAAGUCGUAUUGAGCAGGAACAAAAAUUUACUGUGGUCCGAGGUGCACAAGUUAUUCAAAUCCCAGUGGCAGAGAUAGUAGUUGGUGACAUUGCACAGGUUAAAUAUGGUGAUCUCCUGCCUGCUGAUGGGAUUUUCAUUCAAGGAAAUGACCUUAAAAUUGAUGAAAGUUCUUUAACUGGAGAGUCAGACCAAGUCCGCAAAUCUGUUGACAAGGACCCUAUGCUGCUAUCGGGUACCCAUGUCAUGGAGGGCUCUGGGCGAAUGCUCGUAACCGCUGUGGGAGUGAAUUCUCAGACAGGCAUCAUAUUUACUCUGUUAGGGGCUGGUGGAGAAGAGGAGGAAAAGAAAGAUAAGAAAGAUUCUUCCCAUCCCUCCUCCCACCCUCCUUCAGCUACAGAUGGUGCAGCAGGUGCAAAUGCCACUGAUAAUGCAAAUGCCAGCUUAGUCAAUGGCAAAAUGCAGGAUGGGAAUAUGGAGAACAGCCAGAAUAAAGCCAAGCAACAGGAUGGUGCUGCUGCCAUGGAGAUGCAGCCACUGAAGAGUGCUGAAGGAGGAGAGGGAGAUGAAAAAGAAAAGAAGAAGGCUAACAUGCACAAGAAAGAGAAAUCUGUCCUCCAGGGAAAGCUGACCAAACUAGCCGUCCAAAUAGGCAAAGCAGGUUUGGUGAUGUCUGCCAUUACUGUAAUAAUUUUGGUACUGUACUUCGCUGUUGACACUUUUGUUGUCAACAAGAAGCAGUGGUUGCCCGAGUGCACUCCUGUUUAUGUUCAAUAUUUUGUCAAGUUCUUCAUCAUUGGUGUUACUGUGCUUGUGGUUGCUGUUCCUGAAGGACUUCCACUUGCUGUCACUAUUUCUCUGGCUUAUUCUGUUAAGAAAAUGAUGAAGGAUAACAAUCUGGUCCGCCACUUAGAUGCUUGUGAAACUAUGGGUAAUGCGACGGCCAUCUGCUCUGACAAAACAGGGACACUAACAACCAACAGGAUGACAGUAGUACAAGCCUACAUUGGUGAUGCCCACUACAAAGAGAUCCCUGACCCAGAUUCUCUACCAAGCAAAACCCUCGAUUUGCUGGUUAAUGCAAUUGCCAUCAACAGUGCUUAUACUACAAAAAUUCUGCCACCAGAAAAGGAAGGUGGCCUGCCUCGUCAGGUUGGCAACAAGACAGAAUGUGGCCUGUUGGGGUUUGUCCUGCAACUGAAGCAGGAUUACCAGCCAGUUCGGAAUCUAAUCCCAGAGGAGAAACUCUACAAAGUAUACACAUUUAACUCCGUAAGAAAGUCAAUGAGCACUGUCGUUAAAAUGCCAGACGGCAGUUUCCGAAUGUACAGCAAAGGUGCUUCUGAAAUUGUUCUGAAGAAGUGUUCUAGAAUCAUUAAUGCAGCAGGUGAGAUUCGUGUCUUCAGACCCCGGGACCGGGAUGAGAUGGUGAAGAAAGUGAUUGAACCCAUGGCCUGCGAUGGACUGAGAACUAUUUGCAUUGCAUACCGGGACUUCAGCAGCAACCCAGAACCAGACUGGGAUAGUGAAAAUGACAUUUUAACUGACCUGACCUGCAUUUGUGUAGUUGGUAUUGAAGAUCCAGUAAGGCCUGAGGUCCCAGAAGCCAUAAGAAAGUGCCAGCGAGCUGGAAUUACAGUCCGCAUGGUAACUGGGGACAACAUCAAUACAGCUCGUGCCAUCGCAAUAAAGUGUGGAAUUCUUCAUCCAGGAGACGACUUUCUCUGCAUAGAGGGAAAGGAGUUUAACAGGAGGAUCCGAAACGAGAAGGGAGAGGUUGAGCAAGAACGUAUUGACAAGAUCUGGCCAAAACUACGAGUACUUGCUCGCUCAUCUCCCACGGACAAACACACUUUGGUGAAAGGUAUUAUUGACAGCACGCAGGUGGAGCAGAGACAGGUUGUUGCAGUGACUGGUGAUGGAACUAAUGAUGGACCGGCACUUAAAAAAGCCGAUGUUGGCUUUGCAAUGGGUAUUGCGGGUACUGAUGUUGCAAAGGAAGCCUCAGAUAUUAUCUUGACGGAUGAUAAUUUCAGUAGCAUUGUGAAGGCUGUAAUGUGGGGCCGUAAUGUCUAUGAUAGCAUCUCCAAGUUUCUACAGUUCCAACUUACUGUUAACGUUGUGGCUGUGAUUGUGGCUUUCACUGGGGCAUGUAUUACACAGGAUUCUCCACUGAAAGCUGUGCAGAUGCUGUGGGUCAAUCUAAUUAUGGACACCUUUGCUUCUCUUGCUCUGGCCACUGAACCCCCUACAGAGUCUCUACUGCUAAGGAGACCAUAUGGCAGAAACAAACCUCUUAUAUCACGUACCAUGAUGAAGAACAUUCUGGGCCAUGCUGUCUACCAGCUCACUCUCAUUUUUACACUUCUCUUCAUUGGUGAAAAAAUGUUUAAGAUUGACAGUGGUCGGAAUGCACCACUCCACUCUCCUCCUUCCGAGCACUACACCAUUAUCUUCAAUACCUUCGUCAUGAUGCAGCUAUUCAAUGAAAUCAACGCACGCAAAAUCCACGGCGAGAGGAAUGUUUUUGAUGGCAUUUUUAGAAACCCUAUAUUUUGCACUAUUGUACUGGGUACAUUUGCUGUACAGAUAGUAAUUGUGCAGUUUGGUGGGAAACCUUUCAGCUGCUCUCCUCUACAGCUUGACCAGUGGAUGUGGUGUGUAUUUAUUGGACUAGGAGAACUUGUCUGGGGUCAGGUCAUUGCAACCAUCCCAACAAGUAGGCUAAAAUUUUUAAAGGAAGCAGGGCGGCUCACUGAAAAAGAGGAAGUACCUGAAGAAGACCUGAAUGAAGAUGUUGAAGAAAUUGACCAUGCAGAGAGAGAACUUCGACGUGGACAAAUUCUCUGGUUCAGAGGGCUCAACAGAAUCCAAACUCAGAUCCGCGUCGUGAAGGCAUUCCGUAGCUCUCUCUAUGAAGGGUUAGAAAAACCAGAAUCUAGAACCUCCAUUCACAACUUUAUGACUCAUCCUGAAUUUAGGAUAGAAGAUUCCCAACCCCACAUCCACUCAUUGAUGACACAGACCUAGAAGAAGAACCCUGCUCUCAAGCAAAACUCUAGCCCACCGGCUUCGCUGAACAAAAACACAGUGCUAUCGACAGUGGAAUAAAUCUUACAACUGACACAAGUAAAUCAGCUACCUCUUCCAGUCCAGGAAGCCCAAUACAUAGCCUGGAGACAUCACUUUAGCUGAAAGUUCACCUGCAAAAAAAAUAUAAAUAAAAACAGCGACAGAAGUAUAUAUAUAUAUAUAUAGAUAGAUAGAUAGAUAAAAAACUGUGCUGGCUGAGAAGCUGUUUGAACUCUUAUUCACUUUGUGACAAGUGAAUGAAUUGCUGAUCACAGUGGUUUUGGGGAAAGAAUGAAUGGCUGAUUUACAUACCCCUUUUUGCUCCCUUGCAGAAAAACAAAAACAAAGAACCCUCCUGCAUGAAUGUACGGUGCACUUCCAACCCAACCCCGCUCUCUCUCACGCGCACCUGGCUCUCUCUCUCUCUCCUCUCUCCUCUUUUUUUAAGCAGUAAAUGCAGAGGACUUUUUUCUGAGGCUAUUUAUCCAAUUCACUGGUCUGUGAGUUUUUUGAAAUGCGUGUGUAGCAUGGAUUCAGUUGUAUAGAUUAAUUUAAAUAAUGGUUUUGAAGUUGCAAGCUUAACUUGCACAGUAGAUUGCACCAGUUGGACAGAGAAACUUAUAAACAUUUAUGAGAUUAUAUAGAGAGAUAUAUACAUAGAAUAUAUACAUAAUUAACUAUAUAUAUAUAAUAUAUAUAUGUAUAUAUCUAUCUAUCUAUAUAGUUAUAUAUAAAGUUCUUUGUUGGCAUGUUGCCUUGUUCUGCUCAAAUUGCUCUGACUAUUUUAACUUAUUUAUGUCCUAAAAAAAAAAGAAUGUAAUUUGUUUACAAACCUGUAGAUAAUAUCCUUAACUAUUUGUAGGGUUAAGAAAGCACUUCCUGCCGAAGUAGUAUAAAAAUUGCUCAGCUCUUUGAAAACUUCUGUAAUAUUGCACCUUGGAUGUUUUAUACAACCGUGUUCUGAUUUUGCCUGCCCUUUUUUUUUGGGUUAAAUAAUGUAGAUACUGCUAGCAAAUAACAAAAGAAGCCAAAAUGUACACAUUGGAUGAAGCAUUGUUAUCCUAUAGAUAGGGCAGUGACCAGGCUUUCUUUUGUUUCAAAUACAAAGUUGAAAUGAUCAGAUUUUCUCCCCCUCCCCCCUUUUUUUAAAUAAAUAAAUUGCUUGAACUUGUUUUGGUGCAACACUCAAUGAUGGAGGCCAUUUCAUUGUUUCAGUGUAUUGCAAUGGCUUCUUAAAGUAUUUUUUUAAAAGUUUGUUAUAUAAACUGAGUUUAGUUUAUGAAUAACAAUUCAAAGAUAAGUUAUAUUGGCUUUGUGUAUGGAGAGCAAACUAGUGUUGAAAUAUUGUGACGUAUUGAUUCUUUUCAGUUAGUAAUUAAGACAUUAUUUCCUUAUUAAUUACAAGACUAUGGGCUGUUGGCAUUUUGGAUGGAAAAUCGCUAUGGUUUGUUGCUUUGACUUUUUAAAAGAAAAAGAUAAUCAUUUUCUGCACUAUCUAGAUCUGAAUGAAAUUUUAUGAAGUGUAUACUGAAAUGUGCUUUGUGAUUUUUUUUAUCAAGCUUGUCUUCCUGUAGUCACAAAAUAUACUGUAGCUAAUUAACAAAGUUGUUUUAACCUAUGUAUUGAGCUUUCUACAAGGGAAGCUAUUUUGAAAAACCUGCAGUAUCAUGGGGUGAGAAAUAUUUCAAGAUGGUAACAGCCUGUAACUUAAAUUUAUGAGCUUAUAUAAUCACUAUGUCAACCUCUUGAAUGCUAAUCACUUUGUGGGUCACAGAUUUUCAUAAAUAAUUUUGUAUUUAAUACAAAGUUUGCUUCAAGAAUUUUCAGCAAGCAUAUUAUCUUUUCCAUAAUCUUGUACAGUGCAAAAGACAUUUUGAAUAAUAUGAUCAAUCAUGCCAGAAAAACACUUUCAAACUAGCUUGAUAAAAUUGAUUUGUUGUUGUAAUUGUGUUGUUUUAAAGUUGGCUAAGAAGCGGUGCAUCUCUGCAGUCACAAGAACUAUUCCAAGCCAGAGAACUCUCCAAACAAUAUUAGACUCCUGGCCAAACUGCAGAUUGAAAUGACUAAAAAGUUUUCAGGGUGCAUCAGGACUAUUCAGCCAGGUAAAACUCUAAUCACUUGAAUUGCCAGCUUCCGGACUUUGUGCAGAAACUUGAAUGUUUUUUUGGCUCAGACUCGUAGCUCCUGUCCUGAUUCAAACUUUUCACUGAACAGCAGAUCUUUCAAGGCUUACAGAACUGUUUUCACAGAUACCGUUACUCAUUUCUUAACAGUAAAAUCUGGCAUGACAACAUAGUUGAAUUUAACUAAUUCUUAGUAGCAAAGUGAGUGAAA